AUGUCUGAUAGCAACAACAACAAUAACAGUUAUAACGGCAAAUAUCCGCUUAUUUCGUCUCCAACUAUUUCCACUUCAGUCGGUUUAGGAAGUACUACUCAACAACAUACAUAUUCUAAUGUAAUUAGUAAUGAUCUAAACAACUGUACUGAUAAGUCUAAUUCCACUGUCAUCUCAUCUAGCACUAAUGAUAUUGGUAGACUUUUAUCAUGUAUAACUUCAAAUGGAAAUUGUUUUCCUACAUAUACUUCUACUCAUCCUACAAUUCAAACACAAUUUUCUAAUGAUGUAGAAAGUGAGAUUUCUACUCAUCACCAGCAGCAAAAACAAGAAUCACCCGGUGGAAAUAAUUCAUCUACAAAUUUAUGUGGUUUUAGAAUUAAAUGUGAAGCUGAUAGUGGUUUUUCACCGAUUGGGAAUUUGUCUGGACAAUCUGCGCCAAUCUCUAAGUCAUCGUACGAGAUGAUGUGUAACAGUAAAUCGACCGCCACUAACUCUACGUUGGAAUCUUUCUCAGGGAAAACUGAAUCAUUUGAGGAACAUGAAAUAGUUGAUGAUCAAUUUAUUGAAAAUCGGAAACUUGUCGAAACAUGUGGAUCUUUACGAGCACAUCCACAAAGCAAUAAGACUAAUAGUAAUAAUGAUACAAAUGAAUCUAUUUCAUCUCAAUCAACAAGAUAUAUAUCAUGUUCAUCAGUGGAUCAACUUACACUACCUCAGACUAAUUUAAGUAAUCAUUUUCAUUCAGAUAACAUUCUUAAUUCAGGAUGUAAUAACCGUAUAUUGAACAAUUCUCCAGUUCGUAUUGUAUCUCAGGGUCGACUAGAUAAUGAUAACGCAAGUGUUAACUUUUCAUCAGACUUUACAGCUGAUGCGCUUACUUUCAUUGAUACAUCAUCAACAUGUAUAAAUACAUUUGAUACAAAUGAACGUAUGCUUACAGGAACACCCGAUUUUUCUUGUUUUUUUCCUAAUACAUUAUGUGAUCCGCUGACUAAACGUUUUACUUCUAAUGGCCAUACACCAUGCGCUGGUUUUCCUGUAACUAAUCAGGCCGAUUCAAAGGUUCUAAUAGGUCUCAGUCCUCUAUCGAAAUCGCAUCGUUUAUGUUAUCCAUAUGAUGCAUAUGAACCACUGAAAAGUGAUUUCAAAGAACACUCAAAUAUAAAUAACAAUAAUACUGUUGAUAGAGCUCAACCGAAUUCUUCACCGAAUACACUUAAAAAUAUACUAAACAAUACAUUAUAUGAUCGUACUGGUAGUAACAAUGGAUCUAAUUCAGUUACAACGCCUGUAACUUGUAAUAAUGAUGAAGCGGUGAACUUGAUUACUGACUCUGGUCAAAAGAGUCUUGUAAAUUGUAACGAAGUUCAAUUACCAGGAUUCAGUAGUCCUGAAUCAGCUUUCUAUCAAUAUCAAAAUAAAAUGGAGGGGCAAAGAUGUCAAGUGUGGUGA